AAGAUCUGGCAUCUCAUGUAUCGUGGGGCAGGCAGAUUAACGCGGCGCGUUUGGCGUCGGACGUCGCAGGCAUGCGAAUAGGGACCCGUUGUUUGGCUGACGGGCUCUGCGGGCAAGGGGCGGCUAAGCAGCGUUGGGGGACUAGCGCACCGGGCGGCAAGGCUUAGGGGCGCGAGCGGAGCUGUCGUCUUCAGCUCACAGCCCCAGGCACCGCAGACACAGCCAGCCGACGCGAGCCAAAACUGCCCUCAUAUCCCAUCUCACUCCGGAUUCUGCUCUGCAUUGGUCUUCCACAGCCGUGCUCUCCCACACCCGCGUCUCGCACCAUUGCACCUACCUGCCGACCGCGUCUGCAGCAGCGACAAGACCAGUGUCUCAGGAGAUCCACCGCCCACACACCACACGUCGGGUUUCAGCAUGAGUUACGGCAACGGAGGCUACCAGCAGAUGGGCUACGGCGCGAACCCGUACGACCAGCGCGAGGACGGCGGUGCGCAGGGCGCACGCUUCAACAAUUACGCCCAGGGCCGAUAUGACGAUCCGAGCGCUGUUGAGAUGCAGCCCUACGGCCAGCAGGGCGGCGCAGACCCCAAUGCCAUCCUCAACGAGUGCCGCGAGGUCGACCGCGCCCUAGACCAGAUUGAUUCGCAGUUGGACAACCUGGAGCGGACCAUGCAGGCUCAGGCCACGAGCGCGACCCCGAACAACACCGAGGUCACCAAUCUCACCACGCAGAUCAUGGCCGGCUACCGCGCUCUUGUGACCCGUGUGAAGAACAUCAAGUCGAAGCCCGAGUCUGGCAAUCCCCGGAAUGCUCCCCAGGUCGGCAAGGUCGACCGCAGGCUGAAGGCGGUGAUGAACCGCUACCAGAACGUCGAAAAGAAGUUUCGACAGGACCAGCAGGAAGCUAUCAAGCGCCAAUACCGUAUUGUGAACCCCAACGCCACCGAACAGGAGCUUCAGGAAAUUGCUGCAGAUAGUUCCAAUGAUGGAGUCUUUGCACAGGCUCUUAUGAACUCAAACCGCCAAGGCCAGGCGAAUAGUACUCUGAGAAACGUGCGGGAACGACAUGAGGCCAUUCAAAAGAUUGAGCAACAGAUGGUCGAACUUGCCCAGCUCUUCCAGGACCUCGACACGAUCGUGCAGCAGCAGGAGCCCCUCGUGGAGAACAUCGAGGCAAAGGGUGAGGAGAUCCACGAGAACGUCGUCCAGGCCAACACGGAAAUCGGCGGUGCUAUCGAGAAGGCCCGCAGCGCCCGUCGCAAGAAGUGGUGGUGCCUCCUCAUCUGCGUCAUCAUCGUCAUCAUCAUCGCCAUUAUAGUCGCCAUCGUGGUCAGCAUCAACAACAAGAAAUAAGCUGCCUGGACUUCGUCCACACACUCGCCAUCCAUAACACACCCAAUCACCAUCUCCUUUCAUAUCUUCCACAUUCUCAUGGCCGGCCUGGUGCUCUGUAUAAUACCCCGUGGUGGCUAUGCGGCGUCGCCACAAUCAUCCAUCCAUCUCUAAGCAUUUCUUUGAUUUUUGAAAAUUGCGCACGGAACGGUCACAGGGUUGGAACUCGAGACCGUAUUCUUCUUACUUUGAGCGGCGCCGACGGCGCCUGAUCUGAUAUCUUGUAAUCGAACACUUUGGAUGGCGCGCUUGUUUCCUUUUGGUUCGGAACAACCUGGGUCUGGAAGAUAGACCUGCCCGCUUGUGUGGCUGGCAAAAGUCGUCUUGUAGCGAUAUUGUUAAA